GAACUCCAACGGUCACAAUUAUCUUCCCGCCUUCGUCAACAUGUAUGGCUCUCCGGCAAACUUCCGGCCUCGAGGCGGCCGAGGCCCUCCAAUUGGUUCUGUGACAGAUCUUUUACCGAAAAAUCUUAACUCGUCGUACGCCUCAUCUUCGAACUCUCCCUAUUGGCAGAGGGUAAAUUCUAAUUUCCAAAACCCUAGGUUCUAUUCUCCUCAAUUCCCAAAAAACGAGAACUACAUAGAUCAGUCCCAGCACUUCUCCAUAGAAGAGGUUGAAUCAGCAGUUAUUAAAGCUCAUAAGGACCUCCUAGAGGCAGGAGAGAAUGCAUCAGUGUGGAAGAUCUCCCAAUCCGUAGCUCGCUCUUUGAAAGUGAGCUCUUGGGAGGCUCUAGGGUUUAGGACAGUUGAUGCACCCACUCUUCGUAAUCUCCAACCAGUAGAAGGAAAGGUGAAUGCAUUCAUCCACUGCUUUGUGCAUACUCGAAAAAUGACUUCGAUAUAUGAACUGGGAUUGAGUAUUUGCAAGAAUGAAGGGGUUGACAAGUUUGAUGAGCUAAGGCUUGGGCCUCUACUACAACAUCCCUUAGUUCGAGACUACUUUUCAGUGUCUCCUGAUGCACAGGAAAUCUGUGAGAUCACAACUGAGGGAUUAGUCAGCCACCUCUUUGAAUUCCAUUAUGAAAAGAGAAACGAGAAAAUCAAGUUGGACGAGUUCUUUGAUUUUCUGGUGCUAAAGUGCUCAGUUGCUUCAAGGGGGCAUCUAGGUGUUCGGAUUCGGAGCAUGGGAUUGUUUAUCAAGUACAUUAAGGCAGGGAGAAGAGCAAAAAAAGUUGUUGUUAAAUUUAUUAAAGAAAGAGAAUUGCCAAAGGAAGAGCCAGAAAUGCCAUCACAAUUAAUUCCAGGUCAUCUUAAGUUAACUUCUCUCAUAGAUGAUGAAAGCGGUGACCACUGUGAGCAAUUUGUUCCCCUAGAUGAUGUUGACUAUGCUGACAAUUCUAUCAAUAGAGAAGCCAGGAAACAGGAGCCAUCUGAUUAUAACAACGAGUCACAUUUUAACGAUGCAAAUUUGAGUGAAAAAGAGCUACAUAUGGUUACUCAGUUGGGUGAUGAUGAAGUCAUAAUUGGGAAUGAAAAGAAACCGAUUAGACAAGAUGCUGCUGAGGUGACAAGUUUUGAGGAAAAUUCUACCGGGUUAACAAAAAUAUUCAAGAUAGAACCUUCAACUGAGAGAAAAUUAGCUUCAGAUGAUGAUAAUUGCUCUAAAGAAGUGGAGCAAGGUGCUCCUGUUAGCGUCGAAGAUAUUAUUAAGCAGAUAUGCAACUUUAUUGAACCUGAUCUCAUACUUAGUGGAAGAGGUAUACCGCUAGAAAAGCAACUGGUUUUGCGUGCUUGUGAGAUGUGGUUGAGGUUGCAAUUUUCUGUGAAAGAAUUCCAAUGCCUUAAUCAUGGGAAUUUCUUUGAGUUUGUAGACAAGUAUGCAUCUCAUCUUCCCCAUGACAAACGUUAUCUUUUGGCCCGAGACAUUUCCAAAAAGUCUGUCUGUGAAAUUUCUAUGCAUCAAAAGCAGUUUUUAGGCUUACUACUUCAAGCAGUGGGAAACAUGGACAAGGAGAUUGUUAUAAGUCAAGAGGAUAUUUUCAAACUUCUCAGAAAACAAUUUCCAUUAAUUGGUUUAAUGGUAACAAUAAAUGACUUUGACGAGAUGCUUUCUGAUUUAAUUAACUACAAAGAAAAAUUUAUUGCCUCCUCGGCAGUUUUUUCUGCUACCUUGUUGGGGAACUUCUGCAGGGGAAGUUUAUUUUCCCAAAGUGAAAAGUUUGAAGAAUCAUAUGGUGUGGUUACAGAAAGGGAUAUACCAUUUGGUUCACUUGGACCUGUAUCUGCAAAAGAUGCAAUUGAGUGCUUACUCAAGGCGCCCAUGCUAUCAGAGCUGCAAUCUUGGUCACAUUGGGAUCAUGUGUUUGCUCCAACACUUGGUCCUCUUUGGAAAUGGUUACUUAAUCAAGGGUCUAUUGAGGAAUUUUCAUGUAUUAUAACAAGUGAUGGAAGGAUCAUCAGAAUUGAUCAUUUAGCCACUCCUGAUGAAUUUUUGGAAGCUUCAAUUCGAGGUUCAUCAUUUCAAGCAGCGUUGAAGUUGUUGUCUUUGCUUCAGAUCUAUGGGGGUUCAUGCAAAGCUCCUGUUUCACUGUUAAAAUGUUAUUUCCAACAAGCUGUUGUUGUUGUAACAAAAAAAUUUGCUGAUCAUAUAGAAGCUUCUGCGAACUCCAGCCAAACUAUUCCACUUCAGAGAUCUUUCUUUACACAACAAAGUAGAAGUGUUACAAAAAAUGACUGGAGCAUUUUGCCCAAUAAUCCUAACAAAAUGUCAGAAAUUGGAGGAGGUAGUAGUGAUAUCUCACAGAUAAGUAAAGCCUAUUCGUACAUAUCUGUAUUUAUCCUCGAUUGUCUUGGCCAUUUACCUUCAGAAUUUCAUAGUUUUGCAGCAGACAUUUUGGUAUCAGGCAUGCAGUUUUCCUCCAAAAAUGCUGUCACAAUCAUUCUAAAUGAAUGCAGACAUGUCCAUGAGCGCAUAAUGCUUCAUGAAAUUGGAUUGUCCCUUGGAAUAAUGGAAUGGAUCAAUGAUUACAAGGAUUUUUCUUCAAAAGUUCCUGCUCGCAUGUCUGAACCACUUGGAACUCAAGGAAGGGGGUCUGAAGAAUGGGCCAUUCCUGAACUUAGUAAUUAUCUGCCUGAUUUCUUUGAAACAAUAUUGUCUUCAGACGGGGAAGCACAAAUGAAUAUAGAAACACCACUUCCAAUGUCAGGUCUACCGCAAGCAGCAGUUUGUGAAAGUUUUUGCAAGGAAUUGAGCACUGAGUUGAUGUAUACCUCUACACAGCUCGAAAAUAAAGAUUUUCAAUUCCGGGAUGCAGCUGCUCUUAUUGAACAAAUUCGAAGGGAGGAAUUUGGUUUGGAUCUAGAUACUGCAGAUACUGACUUACUAAAGAAGCAACAUGCUCGUUUAGGAAGAGCACUCAAUUGUCUUUCACAAGAGUUGUAUUCACAGGAUUCACAUUUUAUCCUAGAGCUGAUACAAAAUGCUGAUGAUAAUAGCUAUCCAGAAAACGUGGAGCCUACGCUGGUCUUCAUUCUUCAGGAAAAUGGAGUUAUUGUUUUAAACAAUGAGGUGGGGUUUUCUGCUCAGAAUAUGAGGGCACUUUGUGAUGUUGGAAAUUCAACAAAGAAGGGAUCAAGUGGUGGCUACAUUGGGCAGAAGGGUAUUGGCUUCAAAUCAGUUUUCCGGGUAACAGAUGCUCCAGAAAUUCACUCCAAUGGUUUUCAUGUCAAGUUUGAUAUUAAUGAUGGCCAGAUUGGUUUUGUCCUACCAACUAUAAUACCCCCAUGCGAUAUUGACUUUUUUAGAAGGCAAGUGAUAUGUGAUUCUGACCAACCACAUGCCACCUUCUGGAACAGUUGCAUUGUGCUUCCAUUCAAAUCAGAGCUUAAAAGAGGCAAGGGUAUGAGUCCGAUUCCCUCAAUGUUUUCAGAUAUUCAUCCUCACUUGUUACUUUUUCUUCGGCAUCUUAAGUGUAUCAGAUAUAAGAAUAUGAUAUCCAAUGAGUUAGUUGUCUUCAGAAGGGGAAGUGAUGAAAAUGGCAUAGCUACGGUUUCUAUUGGAAAGAAUAAAAUGAAUUGGUUGUUGGUUAACCAAAAUCUAAAACCAACUUUGAUCCGUCCUGAGGUUCAAACUACAAAGAUCACAUUAGCUUUCCCACUUGAAGAGUCAGAAAUUUCAAAAUAUAAAGCGCAGCUUGAUCAACAACAUGUUUUUGCUUUUCUUCCUUUAAGAAAAUAUGGCCUUAAAUUCAUUCUGCAAGGUGAUUUUAUAUUGCCUUCUUCUAGGGAAGAAGUUGAUGGAAAUAGUGCUUGGAACCAGUACUUGUUAUCAAGGAUACCAGAACUUUUUGUCUCUGCAGAGGAGUCAUUCUGCUCACUUCCUUGCUUUCAGAAGAAUCUGGGGAAAGCAGUUACAACUUUCAUGAGUUUUGUUCCUUUGAUGGGUGAAGUUCAUGGUUUUUUCUCAGAUCUUCCACGAAUGAUUUCAAAAGAACUUCGCAAGUCAAAAUGCUUACUUUUGGAUGGAUUUAGUGUUGAGUGGGUUCCUCCUUGUAGAGUACUUCGAAAUUGUGAUGAGCAGCUUCGAAACUUUUUGUCGAAUAGUUUGCUUCAACAGCAUUUAGGUCUUAGUUACUUGCAUAGGGACAUAUUCUUGCAUGAUUCAUUGGCUAAAGAAUUGGGUAUUCAAGAAUAUGGACCUGAAUUUUUAGUUGAACUCCAAUCCUCUGCAUGUCGUUCAGGUGGGACUAGUUUAUUGAACAUAGAGUGGUUGUCUUGUUGGCUUAAUGCUCUUUGUAUUUCCAUUUCAUCUAAUGCUUCCAAGAAUUUAGCAUCAGCAAAUACUGAAAUGGAAUUCAGCCUUGUCAAAAAAUUAAAAGGCCUUUCAUUUAUUCCACUAUCUGAUGAUUCAUUUGUCUCAGUAGCAGAAGGGCCAGUUUGGUUGCCCUUUGAUGUUUCCACUUUGAAACAUGAAAGUGGAAAUGUUCUAAAGCAACUUCCUGGUCUUUAUUCCAACCUGAGGAUUGUAAAUCCCCUCCUAUUUUCUACAAAAUUUUCAGAGGGUAGCAAUUUUGAGGAGAAUGUAGUGAGCAAUAUUAUCCGAAUCCUGUUGAAAAUCGGUGUGCGGCAAUUGUCUUCACAUGAUGUUAUCAGAAAUCAUAUUUUGCCAUCUAUUUCUUAUGGAAGAAUUUCCGGUGUGUCCACAAACUUGAUGACUGAGUACCUCUUUUAUAUAAUGACACAUCUUCAAUCUGCCUGCUCCAGUUGUGAUACAGAAAGAAGAGACAUCAUCUCUGAGCUACAGAGACAGUCAAUUAUAUCAACAAAUCAUGGUUACAUAUGCCCUACUGAAAAGCCGAUCCAUUUCAGCAAAGAAUUUGGCAAUCCUUGUGACAUGAAAGAAUUGAUAGAUGAUAUCGAUAUUGAGUGGAAUGAAUUAGACAACUGCUACUUGCAACAUCCCAGCACCCAGUCAUUAUCUAAUGGGUUGAACAAGUGGAGAGAAUUUUUAAUGGAAUUAGGUAUCACUGAUUUUUUGCAAGUAAGACGAGUAGAAAAAAGUUUAAAAGAGGUUUUAGACAUGGAUUCUAAAAGCAUGCCAGUUUAUGGUGAUGCUAUUGAUGGUGAAACAAUCAUUGAAGAUUGGGAGUCACCUGAGUUAACCAAUUUACUAUCUGCACUUUCAACAAAGAAACAUUUGGAUAAGUUUAAAUAUCUGCUGGAAGUUUUUGAUAAAAUGUGGGAUGAUUUUUAUAUCUUGAAAUCUACAUGUCAUAAUCCUUUUCAAUGUGGAGUGCAAUUGAAGAACUUUGAGUCCUCAUUCAUGAGAUGUAUACGUAAAUUUAAAUGGGUAGCUUCUAGCAUUGAUAAUGAACUUCACUGCCCUGAAGAUCUUUUCUAUAAUUGCAAGGCAGUUCAAUCUAUUCUGGGAACUGCUGCUCCAUAUGCUGUUCCAAAGGCUUCGAGCAAAAGAUUUGUAAAGGAUAUUGGAUUAAAGGUUCAAGUUACACUUGAUGAUGCUAUCAGAGUGCUACAGCUCUGGAGAACCUCCAAGACUUCUUCCAGCAUAUUUCAGAUGAAUCAAAUUUACACUUUUGUUCAAGAAGAAUUGGCUAAAUCAAAGGAAAAGAUCACCGAUGUGAAAUCAGAUAUUGUCAUAUUCGUUCCAUCAGUAUGUAAAUCUGAAAACAAGGAUGUUGUGUCUGGUACAUUUAUGCUUCCAGAUAAAUUAUGCUGGCAUGAUGCAACUGGUUGUGUGGGAAGAUUGAGGGAAUUAACCCAUUCGCAUGACCCAGCAAGUGCAACAAAGCUUCCAACAUGCUUGACACUGUCCAUUCUAUAUCCAGAUCUUUAUAAUUUUCUUGUGACUAUCUGUGGUGUACCUGAAGCACCUUCGUUCUGUGAUUACCUUACAAUACUGCGUCAUUUAUCAUAUGUUGCAUUACCUUCAGAGGUUGCUCAUGAAGUUUUUCGGGUAUUUCUCAAGUGGGCCGAUGAUUUGAAAUCUGGAUUAUUCAGUUGUGAUGAAAUAAAUGACUUCAAAUAUUUUCUUUUAAAAUCAGAAAACACAGUGCUUCCAACGAUGCAGGAUACAUGGGUUUCCCUUAAUCCAACAUUCGGUACCGUAUGUUGGACUGAUGAUGACGAAAGAAUGGAGCAAUUUAAGGAUCUCAAUGAUGUUCAUAUUUUACAAUUUGGUGAACUUACUACCAGUGAGAGGGAAAUGCUUUGUGGAAAGGUUUCCAUAUUUAUGCAAAACAUAGGUAUUCGUGCACUUGCAGAGGUCAUAUCUCGUGAAGCCAUUUCAUAUGGUAUUGCAGACAACAAUUAUGAAGCUUCUUUAAUUAAUUGGAUUCUUCCCUAUGCUCAACGGUACCUACAUAAGAUGCAUCCUGACCUAUAUUUGCACCUAAAGGAGCUUGAAUUUACAAAAACUAUCAACCUUCAGGUUUUUGUUGUCGAGAAAUUAUAUUACAAAAAUUCUGUUAAAGGACGUGAUAGUUCAAAUGCAAAACGGUUUGAAUGUAACUGUCUUCUAGAGGGAAAUAUCUUUUACAUAAUACCGAAUACAGAUUCUCAUGAAUUGUUUUUGGAGCUCUCCCGACUUUUCUUUCAUGGACUUCGUAAUCUACAUAUUGCAAAUUUCCUUCAUAUCAUCACUACUAAGGCUGAGUUAGGCUACACCGAGGCGCAAAUUGAAUCUUUUAUUGUUGGUAGCUAUCAGGUGCCCGUCCUUCCUGAAGGGGAGCCUCUAUGGGCUUUUUGUGUCUUAGCUGACUUUAACUAUGCCGGAGACACAUCACAAUUGAAAGCUAAGCAACAAUAUACAGAAUUAGCAAGAAACCAGUUUUCAAAUUUGUGCUGGCCUCCAGUAAAUUUGAAGGCCUCAGAAGGUCUACCCUCUGCUUCAGAUAUUUUUCCUAAGAAAAAUCCAGUUCCUGGAUUCAUUCACUUUGACGAUGUUCCAGUUCCAAUCGAUGGGUUUGUUCAAACAGCCUUGGAAUCAGCGAUGUCAUAUAAGAAUAAAGACAUUCUGUGUUUGGAAACUUUGGAAGGUCAAUCUUCUAAAACUGGCAGAUUAGGAGAGAAGAUAGCUUACAGAUACUUCACCGAGAAGCUAAGUGAAGAAGCAGUGCAGUGGGUCAAUAGAGAUUUUGAGAUGGGAUUACCCUAUGACUUGAUCAUUAAGAAAAAAUCUGAAACGGUAUAUGUAGAGGUCAAAAGCACCAUUUCUGCAUCCAAAAACUGGUUUCCAAUUUCAAAAAAUGAGUGGCAGUGUGCCAUAGAGAAGGAAGAAUCAUUUAUCAUUGCUUGGGUGAUAUUGUCCAGCCAAACAAAUGCGAAGAUUGGCAUCUUGAAGAACCCUGCGAAACUUUGCCAACAGAAUGUGCUGCAGCUUGCUUUAAUUCAGUCACCAAACUCUAUGAACCUCACUGAAGUGCCUUUGCAUGAUUAGCAUUUUCUCAAACAAAUUACAAUGGUAGGAUGAUUCAAUGUGAUUUGAGAUGAAGUUAUAUAUUGAAGAUUGCUGAGCUCAAAGUUGGCAUACAUUGCAGGAAAUACAGUAAUGAAGAAUCAAGAAUAUAGAGGGGAGUUUGACUAUGUAGUAAACCUCAUGAAGAUGUUCUGAUUAUUGUAAUAGAAAGAUACUUUAGAAAAGUAGUAAGAAAACUGUCCAAACAAAACCUUAGAUUAAUGUAAAUAUCAGUUGUCGACAUGUAACCUUUUUUUAGUUUGUAAAUUAAUGUACAUUUUUCCAUAUCCUAUAUUUUACUUUUCAUUCUGCAUGCAUAAUUCACCAAAAAAUGUUAUAUGACAUGGAAUAUUCAACACAAAAAGGUGGACUUCAACUUCCAGAUUGCUUGUGGUUCAGAGUCAAUCCCCCUAUUAUGUAGGGCAUUAUGGGACGGCUUUCUAUUAAAAAUUUUAUGCUAAAAAACUGCUUUAACAAGCCGUAAAAUAGUCGUCCCAGACGAAACCUUCUUUU